AUGUCGGAGCGUAAGGUCCUGAACAAAUACUUCCCGCCGGACUUUGACCCGUCCAAGCUCAAGCGCCGCAAGGGCGGUGUCAAGGAGACGCAGAUGACUGUGCGUCUCAUGGCACCGUUCUCGAUGCGCUGCUCGCGGUGCGGCGAGUACAUCUACAAGGGCAAGAAGUUCAACGCGCGUAAAGAGACGGCCGUCGGCCACGAGUACAUGGGCAUCAAGGUGUUCCGUUUCUACAUUAAAUGCCCCGUGUGCUCGUCCGAGAUCACGUUCAAGACCGACCCGAAGCAGGGCGACUUUACAGUGGAGCACGGCGCGACGCGCAACUUUGAAAACUGGAAGGAAAACGACCCGACAGGCAAGGCGGGCUACCUGCCCGGCGCUGAGGAGGACGAGGAGUUUGACGACGAGGGAAACGACAAGGCGUCACGGGACGCCAUGGCCGACCUGGAGCGCACGCAGGAGCAGUCGCGGCGCGAAAUGGAGGUCAUGGACGAGCUCGCCGACCUGCGCCAGCGCAACGCCCGUCUCGAGACGACGCGCACCGCCGACGACCCCGAGGCGCUCCUUGCCGCGCUCCAUGCCGAGAAGGAGAGUAAAGAGCAAGAAGAGAGGCGCAAGGCCGAAGAGGCAGAGGACGACCAGCUCGUGGCCAAAUACUUUACAAAGCUUGCACCCCCCAAACCUCCCGUCGGCGCCAAGGUUGCCUCCGCGGCCGCCAACGACAACGACAACGGCGAAGACGACGCCGAGGCCUCGGCGCACGCAGAGUCAUCGUCAGCGCCGGCACUCACGAUCAAGCGCCGUGCCGCCGAGGGCGCUGGCGCACCCUCCGUCUCGUCCAUUCUUGCCGCCAAGGGCAAGACGGCCGGCCCCGCCCCGACCCCGGCCGCUGCGACUCAGCAAGUGAAGCGUAAACGCGAGGGCAUGCAGAAGCUGCUCGGCAUCAAGAAGAAGACCAAGGCGUAG